AUGUGGCCUACACUCAUGCUUCUUGCUGUUUUUGUUCAUAUUGGAGGGAUUCUCGCGCCUGACGUGCCUCUGGACCCCAACGACUACGCAAUCUUCGAGCACCUCGAAGCGCUACCCGGGGUGGAUGCCAUCCUAGACCGAGAGCAUGAUCUCUAUUCGAGCCAUUUGCCUUUAGCAGGAUCUCAUCCGUCGACUUUCGUCUCUACUUCGGUCUCAGAGCACAAUGGACAGCAGGCACCAGGAGCCUCUGUCUUGCCAGACUCUCACCUGAAGCAAGCGUCUCAUGGUCCCCUCUCUAGCUCUGGAAGACUUUCCGAUCAUACGAUUCUUCAAAUUCAGCAGCCUUGGAGCAGUAGCUCUCAGGCCGAAGCUGUACCUCGUCAGCCCCCUAGGUAUACUCCUGCGAGUGCUUCUGCGUUGGACCCAGCUCUGAGAGAGCAGAUACACGACGUUCAGGACCGUAACCCGGACGACUUGACGGCUGUUGUCUAUGGCUACAAGCGCAAAUUUGGACUGGUCGAGACUGGGGCCUCUUCGCAAGAUGCCGAGGGUCUUUCAUCACCAGGGUUGGCCGAGCACAUUCAGUUGAAGCCUCCCGAAAGCCAAGCAAUGCAGCUCGAACCAGAUUCCAGCUCGUCACAAGCGACAGGCCACGAAGCCACUGGUCGUCUUUAUGAGAUAGAUCCAUCGCAGUUGACUAAUAUGCCGGUCCUCAUUAUCUAUCAGCAAGACCCGUUGGCAGGCGUGUUGAUGCACCAGCUCAAAGACGAAAUGGGUAUUAGUCCCACUCGCAGAAAGUUUUCACCUCGCCCAUUUACGCCCAGCGACAAUGGUGCAUUCAUCUCGAGCAUCACCGCAAAUCUGCAGUACGCCCGACUUUAUCGCGAAUAUGAAGUUGAGGGCAAGAGACUUCUAGUCGCCUUCCUUCGUCAUGGCCGCGUUUUACGUCUUGAGAAGCUGCGGAACAGUGCGAUGGUUUGGGAGUUCAAGACAGACGGAUCGCGUGCAGUUAUGCUGUGUCGAGGUAUUUACGCCCUCGAUCAUAACCACAGGUCUAGCAUCUAUAAAACCAGGCCGACUGCUGGGUUCAUCGUCCGCAUUCAACACAGCGUGAGCACAGCUUCCGAUGUUCUCGAAGUUACAAGAAUCAGACCAGAGAACAUCCCCGCUUACGAAGGCGACUCGCCUCGACGAGAAGGUAUCCAAGGAGUCGGCCAGCAUACGGCAACUGCGUCGCACUUCUUUUACCGACGCGACAAGGACCUCGAACCAGCUUUCCGGGGGUGGCAGCUAGCCUACAUACCCCGAGCGAACUGGCUCACCAUCAAGCCGGAAAUCGAGCUCGCCAAAUCGGACGAACAGGCUUUUUCGCGCAGCAUGCUGAAAUCAUUUAAGCAACGCUCCAACAUGCGUGUCAUUCACCUUGCCGGGCAAGAUUUCCUCAUGUCUCACCAUCCAGCGCUAGAGAACGUACCAUCGCUCUCUCAAUCUUUUGCCGCGAUCUGGAAAGAGGAAAAGGAUGGCGAGAGAGAGUCUUUGGUGGCUGUAGGACUUUAUCCGAUCAGCAGAAGUCAGUAUAAUGUCGCCUUGUCACGACAGAGUUUGCCUCAGCGCGAAUUUAGCCUGUCUCCAGACUUUAGGUCGAAUCAGAAACGUACUUAG